GAAUGACACAUAAUAAUGAGAUUGGAUUUUGUCAAGGCUCCCAUCAUGGUUACUUUGAACCCUUUGAGCUUUGUAGAAACUUGUUUUUGCCACCAUAGAAUACGUCCAUGGAAUCGCUUGCAUCUUAGGAAAAGAGUGUAUUCUGGUUUCCACAAGUAUCCUCGAGUCGAGGCGCCAUUUCUUUGUCUUCCAUCCUUUCGUGGCUCUUAUUUGAUGAAAAAACCUAUGUGCGAAAUUUUGGUCGUUUUAUUUUUUUCGACUAUCAUACCAUCAGUUGGAUUGGCAAAGGAUUACGUAACAGUUGCUCAAAACGAUUUGAGGUCCUUAACCGGUUCAAGUGAGGGUAUUGAUGUUGUCGAUUUUGCCAAUUCACUUCCUGCAACAGAAGAGCGUCUAUUGAAUGAAAAGCUUGUUCAUCUUGAACAGGACACAGGUGUAAAGAUUCGCUUACUAACAACCAAUGAAGCUAUCGAUGGAAAAUCUGUUAAAAAAUAUUGGAAUCUGGAUCAAGAUAGUGUUCUAAUCUAUGUAGAUACGAGAGGAGGUAAUAUUUUGAAUUUUUUGCCAGGGGAACAUGUCAAGGAGAAGUUGAAAGACAACUUUUGGUUUGAGCUGCAAAGUCGUUAUGGCAACCAAUUUUAUGUGAAUGAAUACGGAGAAGAUGGAGCUAUCAUUACCGUUAUUCAAGCGGUGGAGACUUGUUUAAGAAAGAAUGGAAUUUGUGACAGAGCACCUGGGUUUGGAAGAGAUCAGUAUGCUUUGUCUUUGAUAUUAAGCAUUGCUGGUGGCUUUAUUGCUGGAGCAGCUGCUUCUACAGGUGGCAACAACCAAAAAGUAAAUAUUCCAUGGCUUUUCCUAUUUAGUCCUCUUUGGGGUAUAUUAUUUGGUUCCUUUGGUGUGGGACCCAUUGUGGUACGUGAAGGCUGGUUAUCGUUGGAUUUGUUACAAAAUACUUUGGCAUUUUUGGUUUCAUUGGGUGUUUCUUUCCUUUUACUUCAAAGAAUGUAUUCUCAAAUUUCAUCCAAAGACCCAUAAACAUCAAGACCAUUUUGUUUUACUUUUUA